GAAAGUGUCUAAAAAACAGAGCACAAUGAAAUAGUGUAAGUUUUAGCACACAUAAAGAAGAAAAUAAACCAAGACAGUACCUGUGAAACGCUAAUGCAUUACUUCUUAGUAUUAAUCUUUUAGUUCAUUUAGAUUAUAUUAAGAUAAAAUUGCUGAUAGAUCUAUGUAGAUUAGGUGCAAUAUAACGCGCAUUAAAAAAUACAUAACACCAACAGCAAGUUACGAAACAUCCUCCGUAUUUUAUGUUGAUUUCGAGUUUCAAAGGUUGUUCGGUUUUCUGUAAUGUUGUAAUUACUUGUGGUAUUGUUUUAUUGCAUUUGUAAUAGCUGCAUACCUAUUUUAAAUUUAUAAUUAUCAGUCAAUAAUGUGUAUAUCUUUGGUAUGGUUUAGUUAUAACAGUGAAAUAGUGAAGUUAAAGUAAAUUAUUUAUCGGAAAUAAAUUGACGGCCGAUUGAACCCAAUUGUUUUCCAACAUAUUUUACAAUCUUUUGUUUCGAACGAUAAUUUUAAUUAAUUAAAUGAAAAAAAAAAAAAUAGAUAACACAAGUCCAAGUUCAAAAUAUAUAUUAAUAAUAAAUACUCUUUUUAUUUGAAUUCACUUUAUCGCAAUUCACGAUUGAUAAGGUUAUUUAAGGUUUUAGAUAUAAUUAUAUUUACACAAAAAUUUCUCAAAUUAUAAUCAGGGCAAAUCUCAGUUAGGUGUGAACUUUGAAGCAGCAAAAAAUGUCUUUAAUUCGAGGUAAAUUGGGUAACAGGAGGAGUUUUUCUGAGUGGAAAAAUCACGUGAAGCGACUGAGUUCAUCUAUAAACCAGGACAAUCACCCUAAUGUAGUUAAAAGUGACAGCAAGGAUAUUGUUAUUCCAGAUAUUUCACUUCCUGAAUUAAUUUACAGUAAAAUAGGUGGAUAUUCUAACUUAAUAGCUACAGAAUCAGCAAAAUCAGGCAAAACCUACACAUUCGAUCAAAUUGCAAUCAAAAGUAGAAAUUUAUCGAAGCAUCUUAGACAAAAAUUUAAAUUAGAAGAUGGAGAUGUUAUCGCAUUUUUGUUACCCAAUCUUCCAGAAUUUGUUAUUUGUUUUUUGGGGGCACUUGAAGCCAGAUUGACAGUUACCACUAUGAACCAUAUGUAUACUGCCGAUGAAAUAUCAAAGCAAAUAUAUGACGCCUCUCCAAAAAUAAUUAUUACACAAGGACCACAACUGGACACACUUAGAACUGCAUUAAAUAUGUUAAAAAGAGAUGUACCUACGAUUUUUGUAAAAGAAAGACAAGACGAAAGCAUCCCACAAGGCACAAUCGAUUUUUUCGAACUGAUCAAUACGCCGAUCGAUGUUCCAGAUCUUCAACCGGGAAAAAGCAUGGACGUAGCUAUAAUGCCGUAUUCAAGCGGCACCACUGGAUUGCCCAAAGGCGUACAACUCUGUCACAAGAACCUCGUUACAAAUAUCAUCCAAUUUUGCAGUGAAGAUUUUAGACAUUACGACCAACCUUCUGAGAAUUUCCAAGAAAUUUCGCCAGCUGUGUUACCGUUUUAUCACAUUUACGGAAUGAUGAUGAAUUUCCUGUUCCUCUAUAAUGGAGUAAGAUGUAUAGCUAUCGAAAAAUUUACCCCCGAAUUUUACUUAUCAGUAUUAGAAAAAUAUUAUCCCACGGUAAUAUCUGCUGCGCCCCCUUUAGUUCAUUUUCUAAGUGCUCAUCCCGCCGUGAAAAAAGAAUAUUUCAAAAAUCUUAAGAUGCUGUCAUCGGGAGCUGCGCCUUUAGGAUUCAUGGACGAAGAAAGGUUUCUUAAGAAAGCCGGUAGAUCAGAUAUCAGAAUGGUUCAAGGUUAUGGUCUCACAGAAACUUCUCCAGCUAUUUCACAUAGUCCUAUAAACGUUGAAAGAACAGAAAAAAAUGGAGGUUCUGUAGGAAAAUUGUUGCCAAAUACAAGCAUGAAAAUCAUUAACCCAGAUGAUCCUACAGGCAAUUAUUUACAUUUUGUGCUUGGUACACCAUUAGGUCCAAACCAAAAGGGAGAGCUUGUUGUUAAAGGCCCACAAGUCAUGAAGGGCUACUACAACAAACCAGAAGAAACUACAAACGCAUUCUUAGAUGGCUGGUUGCGGACAGGCGACAUUGGCUAUUACAACGAAGAUAAACACAUUUGGAUCAGCGAUAGACUGAAAGAACUUAUUAAAGUCAAAGGUUUCCAAGUACCACCGGCGGAAUUAGAAGAACUAAUACGAAACCAUCCGACGGUAGAUGACGCUGCUGUCAUCGGGAUCCCCCACCCUUUACACGGGGAAGUCCCUAGGGCGUACAUAGUUCCCAAAAAAGAUAAAAAUUUCAAUUCUGAUGAACUCAACGAAUAUGUCGCAGAAAAAGUUGCGUCAUACAAAAAACUGGCUGGUGGGAUAGAAGUUGUUGAUAGUAUUCCUAAAAAUGCCGCUGGAAAGAUACUAAGAAGGAAACUUAAAGAAGGAUAUUUAUUGAAAAAUGCUUAGAAAAUAAUUAUAUUUUAAUGAUAAGAAUUUAAUCUCUACAGGAAAGCUAAAGCCUAAGUUAGAUUAAGCCAAUUGCUAGCCAGGGGUCAAUUCUCAUUAUAUCUUCAUGUUCUGCAGGAUUUUGAGCAUACCUACAGUUCUCUGAGUAUUGUUGAUAUGCUUCUCUUACUUUAGAAUUUAUCCAGUCUCUUAUUCACACUUUUCUUUCUGUUGUUGUUUCAGCAAGUUAUUCACAGUUUUCAUAUGCAACAUCUUAUUGCACGCGAAUAAUAUGAAUCUUUGAUCAUCUAUUAUUUUUCAUUGUAUUGAAUUGCAGUGUAAUUUCUGAUUCUGCCAUUGUGAACUGUCACUUACUCGUGUUGAACUGCCAACUGUCAGUUAUUGAAUUAAGCGAACGAUUCGUGCAAAAGGUGUAUUUGGCCACACCGUAGAUUGAAGCAUGCAGGAAAGGAUAAAUUUGGAGUAGAGAAUGAGAAAGUUAAAGGAUAAACAAAAAGUAGAGGCAUUAUUGGAAAUGCUAUUGGUUUAAUCUAAAUUCUGCUUAAGAAGCGAAAUAUUACUAAAAGUAAUUGUUAUGUAAAACAUCUUAAAUGAUAAGAG